CUCUUCUUCUCUCAUUCCAACCCAGUCGGCGUCGCUGAGUGGAUCGGGACGGGAUCAACCACGGUGACUACAAAGUAGCGGACACGUCCGGCUUCGAAACCACCGUAGAGCAUUUGCUAAAAGGAUAAUUCUGUACGCGUCAAUCCGUAGCUACAUAACAGGACUACUUUUUCCACCUCCGUUGGGAUUUUUUUUUAGUCGCCAUAAGCUUUUAACUCCACCCGAAGUGAACCCCCCCCCCCCCCCACAUCUCUCUUCUUUCCAAACUCAAAAUGGAGAACGGCGACAACAAAUAUCUCCCCGAGCUGCUGGCGGAGAAGGACAGCCUGGACUCGUCUUUCACACACGCUAUGAAACUUUUAGAAGCAGAAAUCGACAGGGUCCAGAAGGGCGAGUCGAAGAAGGAGCCAGACACAUACCUUGAUCUUUUCACGAACAAGUUCAUCAAACUCAAGGAACGGGUCCUCAUACCUGUGAAACAGUACCCCAAGUUCAACUUUGUGGGCAAGAUCCUGGGACCCCAAGGCAACACCAUCAAACGUCUGCAGGAGGAGACUGGGGCCAAGAUCUCUGUGCUGGGCAAGGGCUCCAUGAGAGACAAAGCUAAGGAGGAGGAGUUGAGGAUCGGCGGUGAGCCAAAGUAUGCCCACCUGUCCAUGGAGUUGCAUGUGUUUGUCGAGGUUUUCGCCCCCUUGCCCGAAGCCUACCUGCGUAUGGCCCACGCCAUGGAGGAAGUCAAGAAGUUCCUGUUUCCUGAUGUGACUGAUGAUAUCUGCCAAGAGCAGUUCAUGGAGAUGGGCUACCUGAACGGAGGCCAGGAGCACGGGGGCCGAGGAAGAGGCGGCAUGCCAAUUCGGGGACGCGGCGGCCCCCCAGGAGCACACAGGGGAAGGGGUAUGCCCCCUCGCGGCGCAGCUCGGGGAGCUAGAGGCGCAGGAAGGGGCGUUCCCGCCGCCCGAGGAGGGCCGGCCGCUGCCGCUGCCAGGGGGGCUGUGGCGCCUCGUGGUGCCAGGCCGCCCGCCGGCGGGCCACCCCAGAGAAUGCUGCCCCAUCAGCACACUCCUGCCGCAGUCGCAGAAAGCUAUGAGGAUUAUGCCUACGACGAGAGCUACGCCGCUGACAACACCUACGAGUCAUACGAGAGCUAUUACAGCCAGCAGCCACAGGCAGAGGCAGAAUAUUACGACUAUGGACAUGGAGAGGCUGCAGAGUCAUAUGAAAAUUUUGCCCAAGAUGACUGGAACGGCACCCAGCGAUCAGCUCCAGGCAAAGCCGCGCCUGCGGCCAGAGGUGGCGCCAAGGCGGCCUACAGGCAGCACCCAUACCAACAGUACUGAAGCUUACCCGCCCUCCCCCUUACAGGGUUGCCCUGACGAGCGCCUGUCGACAACGGCAGCUCUCGCUUUAAGCAGCCCGACACAAGUAAUUGUCCGUUUUGGCUUUGGUUCCUUUGUGUUUUUUGUUUUUGUUUUGUUUUUUUAUAAUUCUAAAUCAAUUGGACUUUUUACAACAUUGGGGACUUGAAGGGGGGGGUUGUUUUUUCCUUUUUCUUUUUUUUUUUUUUUUAGAUUCUACCAUACACCACAUACCCCUAAUACACACGCCAUACACAACCAAAGCAAUUUCUAGAGCGUUAUUUCCUUUACUUUUUGUUUGGUUAUUUUCCUGUAGUUUUCUCUGACCAUCCCGCAGCCCUCUGGCUUUUUUUGGCAUUGUUUUUUUUUUUUUUUUUUUUUUUAUAUAUAUAUAUAUAUAUAUAUAUAACUGUUUUGUAAUAGUAAUUUCCAGUUGAAUUAUUGGCUCAUUCUGCACCUGUCUUAAAGAAUACAUUUAAUUGUGUUUUUUAAAUAAAGAAUCUGUCAUGGUUCAGUUGCAGAUUCCCAUUUAGGCUACAUUUCAAAAUUCUGUUAAUAUAGUCCAAUAAAAAUACCUUUUUAAACCUGUAAUGUAGAGACAAAAAGAAAUCUAAAAUCAAGUGAAGAUUAAAGUUAAUUGAAAUCAAGUCAUUUUUGUGAUGGUUUGUUUUUAAAUAGUUAUAAAACAUUAUUCUUCAUUUAGAUUUAGGCUGCAAUAUUUGUCAUUGUCCUUUUUAGAGUUUUGAAAUAUAGCCCUAAUAAGACACUGUUGAGAUGGCCUGUCCUCAUAUCCUCAAUUUGGUUUACAUGUAUUGGUUUACAUGUAAAGGGGAGAAGAAAAAAAAGUACAUUCUAACAUUUACAAAAUGGCCUCCUGUUAUGCUACCAAACAGUUCAGGUCUUCAUGUUUGUGAUCUGAUUCUGCAUAAACUGCAUGCCCAAAAUGAGAAGAAAACAAAGGAUUGGGACACAAAUCUCCACAUGGGUCGUCUCUCUCCAUUAGAGAAGGGAUCCUGCAGCUCAAUCCCAACUCUUGUAUAUAUUUUAAAACCUAACUGUACUUACUCUGUACCCUCUCCAUAAAAUGCAUUAUGCUACAUGUGUACGCUUGCCUAAAUAGGUUACUAAAUCUGUCCAAAAGAUGUUUUGCAGCAGUUUGUCAAUAAAGCUUAGUGGGUUUUCUAUGAAACGUAACUUGCUUUGAUUUGUUUCCUGUCCUAGUCCAAUCUGAAAUUGCCUUUUUGUUUUCAAAAGCGCAUUUUAAAUCUUAAAUGAAUUUUGCAUUAACAUGUGCAGACUUUAACCCUCCUAAAUGAUGUCUUGAUGGAUUAUCAAAAGAGCUCGACUUAUUCUCUCUCUCUCUUUCUAUACUUUUUAAAAAGGACCCCGAGGUAAGACCGCUAAAAUAAGCCGGAUAGCUUCCUAAUGUGUAUAGAGUUGUAAAGCAUUGAAUCCCUGGGUAUGUAUAAGACUUUUUCAAUCCUCUUACCUGUGGUCUCGUUUUAAUCGUUAAUGACGAUUGCUUUCAUCGCCGCUGCAAAUUAACUGAAUUCAAACCACCAUUCAGGAUCUAGGCUUCGUUGUCAUGAAUGACACACUAAUGGCAGUGCAAUGGAGAGGAGGCUUUUAACCUAGACAACUCCACUGUAAAGGCUCUUCUAGGCCUCACUGAGUGCCAGGAGACCCACACUGCUGGAGGGAGGCCACGUGACCCUCAGUGACACGGCACGCAGGAGGAGCUCGGCAAGUGGAGACACUGGAGCCAGAUGACGUGGCUCAGGGAGAGGGUCCAAGCUGAGACUGGGAAGGGGACAAAGACAUCUGCUGUCUUGCCCCCGGAGCCAACAGAGACAAAUAAUGAACAGCAUCCUUUUUAAAAAAAAUAUAUAUUUAAAAAUAUAUAUAUAUUUUUUAUUUUUUUUUUUUAUUUUUUUUUAAACAAGUCUAUCCAACUGCUGCUUUCGUUAUGUUUGCUGAUUGGGAACCUCUCUGUUGUCUAAUGCAAUUGUUCCACUUUGAUUUAGUGUCAAAUGAGCAGUCUUCUCUCCCAUAGUGGGACCGUGAAAUUGUUCCUCGCAGUCUGACAGCACAACUUGGUCACAUCUGAAUUCCAAGUAUUUUUAUGCAGGCUAUUCCACAAAAUGUACUUGCACUGCAAAUAAUAGGAUUUAGAAAUAUGUGUGAAAAAUUGAAUGAAAUGAGGAAUGUUUUAAUCAAAAUGAUCUGGCAAUAUGACAAUGGGAAAACUAGCUAGACUCAAAAGCCCCACCAGUUUCUUAAAACUAGUGUAUUUGUAUUACCUACACAUAUAUCAUUAUGGUAUUUCUUGUUUUAAGCUAAAUUUACUCAUAACCAGUAAUAUAAUUUAUACAGAAAAACGAUUUGACGCAAGUGAAAUGCUCUUACACCAACUGAACAAAGAGCUUGGCAGACAAAGAAAAAACAUUUUGCCUUGAUUUGAGAUUGUCUUGUAUUACAUGUAUAGUACCUUGUAUAGUGUACCUACCUAGUGGCCCAAGUGAUGACUUUUCCAAUGUGCGAGCUGCUGUUUGCUAUUUAAUUUUUUUGCUUUGUGUUGCGGGCCAAAAUCUUGAGUUUCGAGCAAGCUUCAGAUGAGUUCCCGCUCGAAUGAAAUGGGAAAGAAAUGUAGUUGUUUUACUACUGUAAUGCCCUGGCAUGUGGGCAAGGAGAGCCGAAGUCGCCGAUACACUUUUAGAUGUUUAUUGUGACGAAGAGUCAAGAUAAAUACAAAAUGAGAACGCACACAAGGA